AUUCAUUUCUCAAUGGAAAAACCGUUAACAAUCAUAGACCGGUUAAAUGUACUUAAUCAAAAUAUAGAUAAUGAAAGCAUUAGUGAAAAUAGUUAUGAGUUUGAACAAAAGGUGUCCUGUGAAACAAAUGUGGCUCAUGUCAAACUACGAGUUACUGCAGAGAAGUCUAUGUUUCAGUCUGCAUUAGGUGGAAUUAUUUCCUGUCUUGGUAGUGCAGUAGGAACAGGAAAUAUUUGGAGAUUUCCUCGUAUUUUGGCAUCACAUAGUUAUUCUACCGGUGCAUUAACAUUUUAUAUAGUAUGGCUUAUUAUCCUAUUUUUAUGGUCCAUACCAAUUAUAAUAGUCGAAUAUUCAAUUGGUAGAUUUACUAGAAACUCUGUUACAUUAGCAUUCUGCAAAUUUUUUGGACAAAAAUUUUUCUGGUUAGGAGGAUGGAUGGUUGCAGUAGUUUUCUUUGUAAGUGGUUAUUAUCCAGUUAUACUUGGAUGGUGUUUAUACUACCUUUACUUAUCGUGUACUCUUCCGUCACUACCAACUACUGAACAGGCUGGUUUAGAAAUUUUCACCAACUACACACAGCAUUCAUACUGGCCAGUAUUCACUCAAAUUCUAGCGGUUACACUCAGUGGUAUUUGUUUAUUAGGUGGAAUCAAAUGGAUUGAAAGAGUCAAUAUGGUUCUAGUUCCAUUGCUUUUGUCGAUUGUGGUUUUUACAUUUGGUUGGUCAUUAACAAGACAAUAUGCUGAAGUUGGCAUUGUGUUUCUUUUCACACCAUCAUGGAAAAGCUUUUUAGACCCCAGUAUGUGGAUCGCAGCGGCCGGUCAAAAUGCAUUCGAUACCAACGCUGGUAUGGCUGUUCUGGCAACUUACUCUACUUUUAUGUCACGGGACUCAAGGAUAGUUUCGUAUAGUUUCCUUAUUCCUAUUGUCAACAAUGUCGUUAGCUUCUUCGCAUCAAUUACAAUCUUUUCGACUGUAUUUUCAACAAUCAUACAAACAAAUCCGACAGCUACCCGUUCAGCUAUUGUAAGGAUUAUAAAGACUGCUGGGCCUGGUAGCACAGGACUUACUUUCACCUGGAUACCUGUACUAUUUUCAAAAGUUGGUGUAUUUGGUCGAGUUUUAUGUGCCUUAUUCUUUUUAUGUCUUGUAUUUGCUGGAAUUAGUUCAUUAUUAUCAUUAACUCAAGUACAUGUUCUUGCUAUGAAAGAUUUUAAUGUACCACAUCGACUAGCAGUUGGAAUUGCUUUAUUAGCUUCAAUGAUUAUUGGUCUUCCAUCUGCAAUUAAACUGGAGUUUCUUACAAAUCAAGAUAAUACAUGGGGCUAUGGUCUUAUAGUAUCUGGAUUUUUAUUCUGUCUAGUUGUUAUUGUUUACGGACCGAAUCGAUACAGACGUGUUCUAAUAAAUGACUAUGGAAUAAAUGAUUGUAACUUGAGUGUUAUUUGGAUUCCAGUAAUUGCAGUUUUGGUGCCUUUACAAUCAAUCAUAUUAAUUAUAUGGUGGAUAUAUGAAUCUGUCACAACAGAUCCAACUUGGUAUAUUUUAACUUGGGAUACUUUAUCGACAACAUUAUUAGAAUGGUUAAUUUUACUGAUUGGUCUAUUGAUAUUAAAUUGGAUUCUAUAUCGAACAAACUUAUUGAGUGGAGCUCUAAAAAGAUCUCAUGGUUGUGAUCCAUACAAUCCAUCUACUUAUGUUAAUAAAGAUGAUUUUCAAGGUGAUGAAAUUGAUGUAGAAGAAAUGAAUGUAUUUAACUCAAGUAAUACUGUGCAAACACGCCUUUAAAAGAAAUAUUCCAUAUAACAAUAAAUAUUUCUUUUACUUUAAACUGUAAUUAUAAGUAUUUCCUGAAUCUGUUUUCAUUAAUAAAUAGUUUGAAACUUUAUUUUUCCAUCAUUUGUACCAUUUACAUUCAGAUUUAUAAAAAAAUGAUAAUACAUGAGAAAUUUCUU